GAGACGCUGCUAAGCUCAGCGGAAGUACACCGCGCUCGCGUUACCAGAGCGCGCUGGCGGUGCCCUUCUCGCGCAUGCGUCCCGCGCGUCGCGAGCGUUUCCCGCGCUGGUUCCAAAUGCAGCGUUUACGCUCUAGGAAAGGCUGAAGGAGACAGAGUCGCAGUGAGUUCGCUGUUCGUGAGGCGGCGGCUCAUGGGCUCUGUGCGGCCCACUUCCCCACGCGGCUCUGUGGUGUGACAGUUCCUUAGUGUGGCGGAGGGAUGCGCAGCGAUAGGUUAACCUCAGCUUCACAACCCCUGGUGCAGCCGAGAGGCAGGAAGUGCAAGCUGAGGGAGAAAGGCUCAGUGUGAGCAGUGAGUAACGGUCCCCUGUCACAGGCGGCCACAGAGUGCUGGGCCUGCAGGGUACUUCAACCAUUGAAAAACUUCACAUUUAUAUAAUGUAACAGAAGAGUUCUGAACACAUUAAGCAAAUAGAAGUGCAGAGCCUAUUAAACAGGAUGAACAUCUCUGGAAGUGGUUGUGGAAGCCCUAGUUCUGCAGAUGUAUCUAAUGAUUUUAAGGAACUUUGGACCAAACUGAAAGAGUAUCAUGAUAAAGAAGUGCAAGGUUUACAAGUAAAAGUAACCAAACUGAAAAAGGAACGCAUUUUAGAUGCACAAAGACUGGAAGAGUUCUUCACCAAAAAUCAACAGCUGAGAGAACAACAGAAAGUCCUUCAUGAAACUAUUAAAGUUUUAGAAGAUCGGUUACGAGCAGGAUUAUGUGAUCGCUGUGCAGUAACCGAAGAACAUAUGCGGAAAAAGCAGCAAGAGUUUGAAAAUAUCCGACAGCAGAAUCUUAAGCUUAUUACAGAGCUUAUGAAUGAAAAGAAUACUCUUCAAGAAGAAAAUAAGAAGCUUUCUGAACAACUGCAGCAAAAAAUUCAGAAUGGUCAACAGCAUCAAGCAGCUGAGCUUGAAUGUGAGGAAAACGUUAUUCCAGAUUCACCAAUAACAGCCUUUUCAUUUUCUGGCAUUAAUCGGCUACGAAGAAAGGAGAAUCUUCAUGUCCGAUAUGUAGAAAAAACAAAUUCUAAAUUGGAGCAUUCUGUGUGUACAAAUGAAUUAAGAAAAGUUUCCAAGGCUUCAACUCAUUCACAGCAUAGCCCGAAUGAAAAGGAGAUUCUAGUCGCUGACACUUGUGAUCAGAGUGAAGCUCCAGUGGCUAAAAUACGUGGAAUAAGCAGUUGUCCCGUUGAUAAGUCAUCUUUUCAUUUAGCUACAGUUGUUGCUGAAACACUUGGACUUGGUGUUGAAGAGGAAUCUGAAUCUCAAAGUCCCAUGAGCCCUCUUGGUGAUGAGCUCUACCACUCUAUGGAAGGAGAACACAAGAAACAACCUUUUGAGGACUCUAUGAGAAAUACUAAAGAUAGUUUAAGAUUUUCAGAUUCUAUUUCAAAUACUCCACCUCAAGAGGAAUUGACUACUCGGGCAUCAUCUCCUGUGUUUUCGUCUCCUGUGUUUGUACCUACAUCUAAUGUGAAAACUGACUUGGGUUUGAAUACAAGUUUGUCCCCUUCCCUUUUAGACACUGGGAAACAAAACCAUCUCAAAACAGCCCCUUUCAGCAGCACUUCUACUUCUAGAUUAGAGAAAACUAGAUCAAAAUCUGAAGAUAGUGCCCUUUUCACACACCAUAAUCUUGGGUCUGAAGUAAACAAGGCCAUUAGCCAGUUAUCUUCUAGUAAGCAGGUUCUUAAAAGUAUAAGUGAGUCCAUAAAUGAACAGGAUAUUACUGAUCACACUAAAGAUACUGUUACUGAUAAACACAUAGUGUCCCUGAAAUCACUGGGAGGCAGAACAUCCAAAAGGAAGAAAGCUGAGGAAGAAAGUGAACAUGAAAUAAGCUGCCCCCAAACCUCCUUUGAUAAAGAAAAUUCUCUUCCUUUUCCAAUGGAUAAUCAAUUUUCCAUGAAUGGGGACCAUGUAAUGGACAAACCUCUGGAUCUAUCUGAUCGGUUCUCAGCUGUGCAACGUCAAGAGAAAAACCAAGGAAAUGAGACUUCCAGAAAUAGAUUUAAGCAAGUGACUCUUUAUGAAGCUUUUAAACCCAUUCCAAAAGGUUCUUCCACAAGCCGUAAGGCCUUGGAUGAUGGCUGUCUGGUACCCAGAGAUUCCGCAGAGGAGUCCUAUUUACAGGAGUGUGUCCGCCAGACUUUGCACAAAUCCCCUCCAGAUGAUAAAACACCAUUACCUAUAAAAGAAGAAAAUUCCAUCUUCAAAAUCCCUCUACAUCCACAUGAAAGCUUGGAGACAGAGAAUCGUUUUGAUGAUAUGAAGGGUGCUAAUUCUAAUGAGCCAAUCAAAGUAAAAACCAGGUCAGUACAUGGAGGAUGUGAACUUGCAUCAGUUCUUCAGUUAAAUCCCUGCAGAAUUGCCAAAACAAAGCCUAACAAUAACCAAGAUGCAUCAUCCCUUGAAAAUAUUCAGUGGAGUGUAGAUCCAGGAGCAGACCUUUCUCAGUAUAAAAUGGAUAUUACUGUAAUAGAUACUAAGGAUGGUACUCAGUCAAGAUUAGGUGGAGAGACAGUAGACAUGGACUGUACAUUGGUCAGUGAAAGUUUGCUUUUAAAGAUGAAGAAACAAGAGCCAAAAGGAGAAAAAAGUCCAAAUAGAGAAAGAAAGAUGAAUGAUACCUUGGAAGAUAUGUUUGAUCGGACAGCACAUGAAGAAUACGAAUCUUGUUUGGCAGACGGUUUCCCCCAAGUGGUAAAUGAGCUAGAGGAAUUACCUGCUGCCGUAAGGGAACCAAUUGCACAUAAUGAUAAACAUGAUAAAGUCAAGCAGAAAGCAUUUGUGGAACCAUAUUUUAAAGAUAAUGAGAGAGAGACUAGCUUACGAAAUUUUCCUCAUAUUGAGGUGGUUCGGAAAAAAGAAGAGAGAAGAAAAUUGCUUGGGCACACGUGUAAGGAAUGUGAAAUUUAUUACGCAGAUAUGCCUGCUGAAGAAAGAGAAAAGAAAUUGGCUUCCUGCUCAAGACACCGAUUUCGCUAUAUUCCACCCAACACACCAGAGAAUUUCUGGGAAGUUGGUUUUCCUUCCACUCAAACUUGUAUGGAAAGAGGUUACAUUAAGGAGGAUCUUGACCUUUGUCCUCGUCCAAAAAGACGGCAGCCUUACAAUGCAAUGUUUUCUCCAAAAGGCAAGGAGCAGAAGAUAUAAAGGCUGAAGCAGAAACAGAAGGACAGAGUGCAGUUGUUUCUCUUUUUAGUUGUUUAUAGUUGAAGUUGGCAUUAAACAUUGAUAUUUUUUAAUCUUCUGUAAAUUGACUUACAAAUCAGUUUUCUAUUAAAAAUGUUUUUAAAUGGCAUUUACGUACCACACAAAUAAGUAUUUAAAUGUGGAUGUGUUUGUAUUUCCUUGUUAUUGCAUCUUUAAAACAAUAAGGUGCUUUAAUUUUGCACUGUAAUUUAAGAGUUGUUUGUUUACUCUUUUUUGAUAAUUAUAGUUUUGAAAAUAUGGUAGUCGUCUGAUUUGUUUUUGGCAAAUAUUUUUUUUUACUUCAUCUUCUGUAUUUAUGGUUAGUACUGAUUACAUGUUAAUCAUUACAGAUUUUUAUUCUCUUAAUCAUUUGCUCUUCAAUAGGAUACAUCAGUGUCUGACACUUAAGUCUUAAAAAACAAAAUGUUAAAUAUUAAUAGUGUAAACUCUCCAGUUUCUUUCUAUUGUGGGACCGACUUUCUAAGGUGACUAUAUAUCAGUAAACUGCAAAGUGACGUUAUGCCUAAAGCUGAUCGGAAUGUCACAGCUCUUCUCAUGUUCUUUCCAUCGUAUUAUUUUUCUGAUGCAAUCGUCAAGCUGAAUCUGUGGAGUCCUUUUCUGUCCAUGUGUUCGAGUGCAGUUGUUUUCUUUCUCUGGGUUGACUAAUAGCUUCUAAAAUAGAUUUAUUUAUUGAUUAGCAACUUUCUGUUCCUCUAGGACGAGUGCCUGAGUCAUUAAGAUAACUGACCAUGUGCGUCACUUUUUUAGUGGCAUUUUACUUACCAGGGCCUUUUUUGCCUGUCCCUUUAAUCCAUAUCCUUACAGUGUAUAUAACAGGCAUACAAGAAACCCUGAAUGGAAGGACUUGGUAAAUUUGAGUAAUUUUAUAGAUAAAGUCUUCUCAGUUCCUAAAACUUCUUCCUGAGUCUAAUCUUACUGAUCACAGUUCUCUGAGUUUGUGUUCUCAGAGAAUAGGAAGAGAUUCCAGAUGUUUAGUGUCUACUACAUGUCAUACCACUUGCUUGCUUUAUUUGGCUCUCAAUCUAAUUCUAAAUUUUCUGCAACCCUCUUAAGUCUUCUGCUCAGUACUUUUCUUUCCCUCUCAAAUUGUUUAUUCUGUGUUUGAUUUUUGUCCUCAUCUGACAGAUAAAACUAAGGGGAAAAAAAGCUCCUACUAUAUGCUAACAACAGUUAUGCUUUUCACAUAUGUUUUUCUCUUUCAAUCCUCAAAUAAUCCCAUGAACUCGUUACCACUUACUAAUGUUAAACUGCAGGAAAUGGAAUAGAAGAUUAAACCGCAGUGACUUUUUCUCACCCUAGAAGUCUGUAUAUCAGCAGUCCACAGAUGCUGAUGCAGCUCCAUGAUGCCUUUGGAAACCUAGAUUUCUCCUGGCUUUUUGCUCUUCUAUACUUUGCAUAUGACUUUCAUCUUUAUGGCUCAAAAAUAACUGUGCCAUCUCUAGAACCAUGCCCACAUUCUAUGCAAGAAGAAAGGAAAAGGAAAGCAAUGCUAUUUAAUUUUAUACCCUCAAAAAAGUUUCCUAGAAAUCUAUAAUCCCAGCACUAUGGGAGGCUGAAGCAGGAGGAUUGCAAAUUUGAGCCCUGCCCAGGCAAUUUAGCAACAUUUGGUUUCAAAAACAAAAACAUUUAAAAAGUAAUAGGGAUAUAGCUCAGCGUGAAGGCCCUGGAUCCAAUUGCCAGUACUGGAAAGAAAAAAGUUUUUUCCUAGGAAUCCUUACCUUCUCAUGUUCCCUGCAGUCAUUUUGCUACCUCCAGUGGCCAGAAUUGUCACUCUAAUAAUGGCUACAGAUGAAGUUUGAAUACUUCCAGAAUCAGAGUUCAUAUCCACUGUUGUGCAGUGCCUCCGUAUACCAGGAACUUGAGAGGCAUCUGAAUUCGAACAGGAUACAAUAAAAUGUGCUAUUCCAUCUGUGUAUCUUUAGUAGAUUUUGCUUUUUAAAGGGAAGCUUAAGCAGAGAUUGUCUUCCUGAUAGAAGUUUGUCAGCCAUCUAAUUCAUCUGUAAUUAUUAUUUUUAUCUUCACUCACUUUAUGAGAUUCAGUGAACUAGGGCCUCCAUUUUUAUCUGUUGUUGAUUAGCUCUUCCUUUAAAUAAAGAAAUAGAUAAUCAGUGGGUUUGUUUUUCUAAUGCCAGGAAUCUGCCCAAGGCCUUAUUCAUGCUUAUCAAAACGUUACCACCGAGCUACACCCCUGUGCCAACAUAGGCAGUUUUUAAAAACCACUUGAUUUGGAAGGGUGCAUUUAGCAUGCUCACAGGAGGGCUGUAAUUUAUAUUAUGUCUUGCUCUGGGUGACUUGGAACACCAGUGGUACAUGCAUGACUAUACUGCUGCUACCACCAGCGGGGUUCAUGCCAGCCGGAGCAUGUUAGAUGUAAAUGGCAAUUAACGACACAGUGCACUCUCAGACUUUUCUUUUAAAACAUUAUAUAAAAGGGCUUUAUACAUUUGUAAAGUAUUUGUAGAAUAUAGAUGGUUGUAUUUUCUGUCUAGUGUGUAUCAGUCACUGAGUACAUAUAGUUGCAUACAGUGUUAGAUUGUCUGCAAACUUUUUAUAUUGAGCUCUGAUUUAAACUUUACUUGUACAGAACCUAUAUAUCAGCAUGUAACAUUUAAGUAAACACCUUUGCUGCCUUUGAUAAAUAGGUACUCUGAUUAAACCAUCUGAAACCUAA